CGCCAGGCAACCGCGUAGGGAAAAGCGUAUUUUUUUCUGGCCUACGUCAGACUUACGCGCUUCAGCAUUGCAGGAGACCGAUUCCUAUAAACUCGAACGUUUCGGUGUGCGAUUUAACGUAAAUGAUUUUGGGAUUUGUGGUGGUUUAGAGUGAUUUCGUUGACGGUUCAAGUGACUGAAAGGGUGGAUUUGAUGGGUGCCAAAAACGAGCGUAGAUCGGACAAGGAGGAAAACACGAGUGGAUUUCCGACUCGGAAUAAGAUGAAGCUGUUGAACAAAAUCAAAAAGAAGAUGGGCUUAGCCUCAAGAUCGUCUUCGCAUUCGCAUACAAACAACAAUUCACCGCCACUGUUGUUCCACAGCGUUCACGGUGACAAUGUCAGGAUAAUGAGGGACGGAACAGUUGCUAAAAGAGUAGAAAGCUUCUGCAAAGGCAUCGCCUUCAGUUCUAGACCCGUCAAAGUUAACGAAAAGGUAUGCAUCAAAUUUUCUGAAAUUUCUAUUAACUGGAGUGGAGUACUGCGGUUUGGAUUCACGUCAAACGAUCCAGCAAGCCUACGUUACAGCCUACCUAAAUACGCCUGUCCAGAUCUUACCAACAAGCCUGGAUAUUGGGCUAAAGCUUUAGCAGAACGGUUCUGCACGCCGAACAGUGUUCUGUUUUAUUAUGUUACCUCAACUGGGGCGGUACAUUUCGGUAUUAAUGGAGAAGAAAAAGGUGUUUUCUUCGGUGGUGUAGAAACCAGAGGACCUCUAUGGGCUCUAAUUGAUGUAUAUGGAAAUUCAACAGCUGUAGAGUUUGUUGAUUACAGGCAACAAUUAAACAAUUCACGCUCGAAUAUGUCUCCGACACCGGCCUCCUGCGAAAACUCAGUGCCCCCUAACCAUCAAACAUCCAUGGUGCCUCAGGACCCCGUAGACAGAAUCACCUAUCCCAUGCAGCAGCUGCACAUCCAGCAGGCGCCUGCCCAAUCGCAGCAGAGCAGCCAGGAUUUAACCUUGCCCCUACUGAGGUACCAACCGCAGAACGUAAAUUACCAGGCGAUGCCGCUGCACAGGACCAGAGGCAGGAACGUGCGGUUCGUUGGGGGUAACAGGAGCGUGGCUAUGCGAUCGGAUACCGAGUUCUGCCAGGGAUACGUGUUCACGGCUAGACCUUUGCAGUUGGGCGAGAAAAUUGUGGUGCAGAUUCUGGCAACGGAGCCUAUGUUCCAGGGAUGUCUUGGAUUAGGUCUUACUUCGUGCGAUCCCUCUACGCUUACCCUGGCCGAUUUGCCUGACGAUUCGAACUUUCUUCUGGACCGACCAGAAUAUUGGGUACUAUCGCGUGAUUUUGCAAGAAACUUAAACAAAGGCGAUGAAAUUAGUUUUUGUAUAGCACCUACUGGCGAAGUUCAGAUUUCGAGAAACGGCGGAGCACCUUUAGUUGUUAUACACGUGGACCAAACUUUAAGAUUGUGGGCAUAUUUUGAUAUCUACGGAUCAACGCAAAGAAUUCGGGUUCUUAGUGGACACAACGCAACAAAUCUCGCCUCAAGUCCUUUACGGAAUGUUUCCAGUCAAAGUAUAGUAGAUAGGCGGCAUAUCGAAGCUAGCGAAUCAAUCAAUAGUCUCAACCUUCAAAACGAGAUGACCAGACAAGCUAGCAAUAGCUCACGACAAAGUUUAACAGUUAGAGAUACUACUGACAUUGUACCUGUUCAACCUAGACCAGCACAACCUCAGAAUGGGAGGUUAUGUUUUCCACAAGCUGAUAUUCAAGUUCAACCAUCAGCAAACGGUGGAGCAGUAUUGUCUGUAAUUCUCCCACCAGCCACAGCCAUCAGCCAUCACGGUUUUGCCAGCCACGCGCCUUCUCCAUUGUCACCUGUCACUUCUGUCAUAGCACCAAUACCUACCACGUCAAGCAUGGUAGCCAACGGAACUAUGAUGAGUAGUUGCAGCGCCACAUACAUUGAGCCCAUAUCAGCAUCUGAAUCAUCCACAUACUCCACACCUCUUGGCUGGAUGGUGGACGGCAACCCAGCCGGACCUGCGCAAGGCCUUACGGCUGGAGCCGAGUGCACCAUUUGUUACGAAAACUCCAUAGAUGCCGUUUUAUACAUGUGCGGACACAUGUGCAUGUGCUACGAGUGCGCUUUACAACAGUGGAGAGGUAAAGGUGGCGGACACUGUCCUUUAUGCAGGGCCGUCAUAAGGGACGUUAUCAGAACAUAUAAAUCGUAAUCUUUUAUUUGUUAUGACUUGUUAUGGUCGACCUUCCUAGGCCUUAUUCUAACUGUAUUUUUUAAUUAUUUUUCCAUACUGAUGCCUUAAAUCUCUUAAAAAAUAUAUUAUAGUUUACCAUUACAGUAUUGAAGAUAAAACAAAAAUGGUUCAAUGCAUAAUUUUAGCUUUUAACUGUUGAAAUAAGUUAGAAUAGGGUCUUGGAGGCGAGUCAAGAAUUUCUUGUCACUUUACAGUAUGCUUGAAGCCUAAAACUGUCCUUAAAAGAUAACAAUUUUCUAUUGUGUGCUUCCAGGAAAAUGUAGAGAUUUUUAGAAGACUGAAACAUUAGAAUAUUUUGUGAUAAUCUCAAACAUGACACAUACUAUCUUUGAGUUCUGUUCUUCACAACAAACCAUUUUCUAAUCUCUAGUUUGACUCUGAAAAUGUCAAUAUAGUAGAAACGGUCCAGUUAUUUUUUUUUGUUCAAGUUUACUUUACAUUUCAAAUUACAUAUGAUUUUUAUUUUAGUUCUAUUAUUUUAACUUGUAUUUCAGACGCAAAAGUAAAAAGUAUAGCAGUCUGCAUUCUAUUCGAUCUGAUAAUGUAAUCUCAUACAUUUUUGUAACAAUAUAUUAUGAGGUUAUCUUUGAAUCAAAGUAUCCAACACUAAUUUGACGUUUAAAUCUGCUUUUUCAACUAGAGAGUAGAAAACCUAUUUGUACAGACAAGAAAUAGGCCGAUUGAUUAACACAUACAUGUUUUUUUUUUAUUAAAAGUCUUACCAAAGAUUAUAAAGCCGAUACUAGGUCAAAUGACAGACCAGUGUCGUAGCUAGUCCAAACAAAAUAGUCACGUCUGCUGAGAACCAAGCAGUUUAAAAUUUAGUUUUAAUUCUUAAUUUAUUGGGUUCGUUUUCUAGUGUUUGUAAAUUUGUUCAUUGUCGAAAAAUAAAUAUGGUCCUAGGUAUCUAUCUAAGAAAUAUUUACCAUAGGCGACAUUGUAUAUACAUUAUUGUAAUCAUGUCAUUUUAUUUUGAUGUAUUUUUAUACUGUUUUUUUACCGUUUUCUAAUUAACAGGCCAGUGUUUACAUUAUUGUUUGAAGAUGUACGCUUUUUGUCGCUAUUUCUACAAUAGCAAUUAAGUUAAUGCGUAAUGUAUAAGCAUAAUUUUUUAUUAAGACCUAAAUUAUUGUUAAAAAAGACACUCGAGAGAUGAGUAUAUAUUUUUCCCUUGUAUAUAAACUAGUUGUUCUAGUCAUAAGAAUUCUGUACUGAAAUAGUGUUAUAGAUUAUUAUCAUUAUUAUUAUUACCAUUGAUUAUUAUAGUAUGUUCAUUGAAAUAAUAUAAAGUGUUAUUUUAAACUA